GAACCCAUCAGUCACGCAUCCGUCGCCCCGCCCUCCAGCCCUUGCUUUAAAAAGCUCCGAACGCAUUGCGCCUUUAUCUCGAAACUUCUCACCUUUCAUCUUCUCCGCAGACAUCGCAGAGAAAAAUCAACAUGAGCGGUGUAGUAGUGCAGAACAUGUCCUUUAAACAAGGGCAGACCAUGAUGAUAACCGGUGUCCCCAAUCCCAACUCCAACAAUUUUGCCAUCAACAUUGGGAGCAGUCCUGAUGAACUCGCUCUGCACUUGAACCCUCGCUUCGAUGCUCAUGGAGAUAACCGCACUGUGGUGUGUAACUCGUUCCAGGGGGGCAGCUGGUGCCAGGAGCACAGACCGGACGGCUUUCCCUUUAAUCAGGGGGAGGAGUUUAAGGUGUGGAUCACAUUCACCAACGAGGAGUUUAAGAUCACGCUGCCGGAUCAAUCAGAGAUCCUCUUCCCGAACCGCCCCGGUGCUGAAAAGUACAACUACUUCCUCUUCGAAGGCGAGGUGCGAAUCCAAGGCAUCGAGAUCAAGUAGUGUGAAUUUCUACCAUGGUGGAAGACCAAGUCUGUUCACUUAUUCUGCUAAUCUCUGCUAACUUUCCUCUGCCUCACACGUCACUGUGGUACUAUGCAACUAAACCACUUAGCAGGAAGCUGAGAGAACAACGCCUUUCUCAUCACAUGCUGAUUACAUGAUGAAACCAUGACGUUUACGCCAAAGCUUUUUCUUGCAGUUUUAACAUCAUUCCAAAAAAAAAAAAAUGCAAGCCAUGAAAUUACAUGAUUCUGUUUUGUAGCUGAAACCAAAUGAAAAGUGCUGUUCCAUCAGCCAUGUUUUGCUUCUUGUUUCUUUGGAAAUAAAAAGACUCAAAAAGGACUGGA